GUACAGAAUGGAAUUAUUCAGAGUUUAACUGGGAAAAGAGCGAUAAAGAAUUGUUAUUGAGACGUUGAUUUUCGAUUGGACUCGGAGGCAGCAGGACCCACUAUCAUUUCAACACAAAUGUCCUAAAAUGGACACCGUAGUAACAUCUUGAACAAUGAGAUCCGCCCUUCUCUUUUGGUCACUAGAGUUCAGCAAGCAUGGAUGCGUUUCUGGGCACGUCACUUCCGGCAGAUUCUUUGCAGUAGUAGCUCCAGGAGCCGCUUUGGAGGAAUUGUCAGGAUGGCAGCCAAAGAAAGUGUCAGUCUGCUCUUCAAGCUGUAUUGCUUGCUGGUAAUGACCCUUAUUGCUGCUGCGUAUACUGUAGUUCUUCGUUACACUCGGACGGUAACAACGGAAAUGUACUUUUCCACAACAGCCGUAUGCGUCACAGAGGUGAUUAAGUUGCUCCUGAGUGUGUGUAUUCUGGCAAAAGAAACUGGAAGUCUUAGUCGAUUGAUGAGUUCUUUAAAGGAACAUGUAUUGGGAAGUCCAAUGGAGAUGCUGAAGCUGUCUGUACCAUCCCUGGUUUAUGCUUUGCAGAAUAACAUGGCAUUUGUGGCACUGAGCAAUCUCGAUGCUGCUGUGUAUCAGGUAACCUACCAGCUGAAAAUCCCCUGCACUGCAUUAUGUACCGUGUUGAUGUUGAAUCGCUCACUGAGUAAGCUGCAGUGGUUUUCUGUGUUCAUGUUGUGUGGAGGUGUCACCCUAGUGCAGUACAGUCCAGCAGAAGCCACUAAAGUACAGAUUGAACAGAAUUAUUUACUAGGAAUAGGUGCUGUUGCCAUUGCUGUGCUGUGUUCUGGAUUUGCAGGGGUUUAUUUUGAGAAAGUUUUAAAAAGCUCGGACACUUCCCUGUGGGUGAGGAACAUCCAGAUGUACCUUUCUGGUAUUGUGGUGACGGCAUUAGGUGUAUACAUAUCUGAUGGAGCCCAGGUCAUUGAAAAAGGCUUUUUCUACGGUUACGGUUUCCUCGUAUGGGUUGUCAUUUUGCUUGCUAGUGUUGGAGGCCUCUACACAUCAGUUGUGGUUAAAUACACAGAUAACAUCAUGAAGGGAUUCUCUGCAGCAGCUGCAAUUGUCCUGUCCACCAUCGCGUCAGUGAUCCUUUUUGGCUUACAGAUAACUUUAACAUUUGCCAUUGGUGCGCUAUUUGUUUGUGUGUCAAUAUACACAUAUGGAUUGCCAAGAAAAGAUACAAUGAAGAUAGAAGUAAAGGAACUUAGCAACAACCUCAGCGGAAAGCUGAUCAGUGUGUGACGUUUGCCAGAGCAUGACCACUAAGAUUGUUGCAAAGGGUCACCUGGGAAAUUCAAGGACAAGUUGCAUUACUCCUUCCUUGCUUCAGUCCAAGAGACGGUGAAGAAGUACGGCUUUAAAACCAUGGUUACAGUUGAAUGUAACACACGCAGCACUAUAUCGUAUGGACAGUCAAAUCAUGUAUGUUCCUAAGCAGUGGUGUAUUUAAUUGCUCAGUAUUGCUUUCACUUAACUGAACAAGUGUUGACAUCUUGUAAAAGUGACAUUGGUUGAAGAGGUUUUUACAAAGAAAAUCAAGGGAAACCUCAAACACUGAGGCUCAUCACAGACCGAAACCAAUAGCAUACUGCAUGCAAGUAAAUGGCACCUUGCACAUGUGCCAGUGGAAUAUGCUGCAAUUGUGCCCAAAUAAAGAGACUCAUGGGUACACAAAUGCAGACAUAAUUUGCCAUUUUUAGAAUAUUCUUUUUAAUUUUGUUUUCACCGCUGCAGCAUUUUCAGAAUUGGAAAUGUGCAGUUAUUUAAUUUGCACUUGUAAAAAUUUUUUAUGGGAUCGUUAGACUGGAGGCCAAGAUUUUUUUUUUUUUUAAAAUUAUGAUGGUAAUAAAAUUUUCGUACUAAAA